ACUUCUGUGUUACAUCUAUUGUCAUCCUAAGCUGUUUUGAUGCUUUUGACCUCUGAUUUACUACUUGUAUCGACGCUUUAGUGUUCCUCUGUGCUGAACGUCCAGAAUGCCAGGCGAAGCCACAGAAACGGUCCCUGUUACAGAGCAGGAGAUGCAGCAGCCCCAGGCGGAGACGGCCACACCUGCUGCUGCGGCUCCUCCUCCCUCUCAGGCAAAGCCUAAAGAAGGCAAAACUAACCCCAAGCUGUCCUCUUCUCCUCACACCACCGCUCCUAAGCCAGUUCCUGCUGAACGCAGGAAACACUCCUCUCUGUCUGCCUCCUCAAGCUCCCCAACCUCUCCCAAAUCUGCCUCUGGCCCUCGUGCUACCCCCCCAUGCUCCCCUUUGGCCUCUUCUCCAGCUGUCUCUUCUGUAGCUGGGAAAGCUGAGCAGACUGCUCCCAAGGUGAUAAAGGCUGGCAAACAAGGGAAGAAACAGAAAGCAAAGAAUUUUAAACCUGCUGAACCUGAGCAAGCACCUCCCUCUGCCUCUAAGCCUGCUCAGGAGCCUGCACCAGUUGCAGCUCUGCCGUCUCUUGCUAUACCAUUACAAGAGGAAGCUAAACCAGCAGGAGUUGGAAAUGCUUCCCCUGUCUCUCCCAACGUUGCUGUGGCUCCUGUUGCCUUUAAAGUAACUUCUAAAUCUGCUGCCCCAGCACCAAAGUCAUUUUCAGAAGCUGUGGCCACCAGUCCGUUCAAAGUGUCUGAAGCCCCCAAGGUUACCUCUGAAGCUCCAAAAGUAGCAACCCCUGUUGUUUCAGAAGCCAAGACUCUCUCGCCUUCAAAAGCAGCUGCCAAGCCUGGCUCUGCCCAAGUGCCAAAUGUGAACCCAGCCACUGCUGCUCCCCCAAAAUCUGCUCCUGCAGCGUUUGAGAAUGAUGAUCUCCCACCUCUCUUACCACCUGAGAAUCCUUUUACAAUGCCUACUUUCCCCCCCAUGCCACCUAGUGCAAUGCCUGUAGUUACCCUAACAGCUCCCAAAGCAGAAGCUGUCUCUACCAGUAAAGUUGAAUCUGGCCCUGCCCCUAAAGCUAAGGCUGCUCCUAAAACUAAGCCAGCUCCUAAGGUUGAACAGAAAGCAGCACCUGCCCCAAAAAUUGAGGCUGCAUCUAAAGUUGACCCUAUUCUCACCCCUAAAGAUGAGCCUAAUCCUACCCCUAAAGUUGCAGUUGCUUCUGCCCCUAAGACUGAGGCUGUUCCUAAACCUAAAGCUCAGGCUGCCCCUAUUGUUGAGGCUGCUCCUGCACCUAAAGAUAAGUCUUCCCCUAGCCCUAAAGCUGAGCCUAUUUCUGCCCCUAUGGUUGAGGCUGCCCCUAAAGCUGAGUCUGUUCCUGCCCCUAAGGUUGAGGCGGCUCCUACCGCUGUAUUUAAGCCUGCUGCUGCUCCUAAAGCUGAGGCUGCCCCUAAGGAAGAGGCUACUCCUGCACCUAAAGUUAAGUCUGCCCCCAGCCCUAAAACCAAGCCUGUUCCUGUCACUAAGGUUGAGGCUGCCCCUAAAGCUGAGUCUGUUCCUGCCCCUAAGGUUGAGGCGGCUCCUACCGCUGUAUUUAAGCCUGCUGCUGCUCCUAAAGCUGAGGCUGCCCCUAAGGAAGAGGCUACUCCUGCACCUAAAGUUAAGUCUGCCCCCAGCCCUAAAACCAAGCCUGUUCCUGUCACUAAGGUUGAGGCUGCCCCUAAAGCUGACUCUGUCCCUACCUCUAAGGUUGAGGCGGCUCCUACCGCUGUAUUUAAACCUGCUGCUGCUCCUAAAGCUGAGGCUGCCCCUGCUGCUAAAGUUAAGCCUAUUGCUGCUCCUAAAGCUGAGGCUGCCCCUGCCGCUAAAGUUAAGCCUGUUGAUGCUCCUAAAGCUGAGGUGGCGGUGGCUGCUAAAGUUAAGGCUGCUCCUGCCCCUAAAGUCGAGCCUGAGCCUGCCCCUAAAUUUAACCCUGCUCCUGCUCCUAAAGCUGAGUUUGCCUGUGCUCCUAAAGCUGAGUUUGCCUGUGCUCCUAAAGCUGAGUUUGCCCCUGAUCGUAAAGUUAAGCCUACCACUGCUCCCAAAGUUGAGGCUGCUGCUCCCAAAGUUGAGUUUGCCUGUGCUCCUAAAGCUGAGUUUGCCUGUGCUCCUAAAGCUGAGUUUGCCGCUGCUGCUCCCAAAGUUGAGGCUGCUGCUCCCAAAGUUGAGGCUGCUGCUCCCAAAGAUGAGGCUGCGGCUCAUAAAGUUAAGUCGGCUCCUGCCCCUAAAGUUAAGCCUACCCCUGCUCCCAAAGUUGAGGCUGCUGCCCCUAAAGUCGAGGCUGCCCCUAGCCGUAAAGCUGAACCUGUCCUUGUCCCUAAAGUUGAGCCAGUCCCUGUUCCCAAGCCAGUUAAAGCCCCAUCAAUACUGGAACCAGUCAUCAAGAACAACAAGGGGUCUGGCACUGAAUCUGACAGUGACGAAUCGGUUCCUGAACUGGAGGAGCAGGACUCUGCACAGACACAAACACAGCAGGCACAGCUUGCAGCUGCAGCUGAAAUCGAUGAGGAACCUGUCAGCAAAGCAAAACAAAGCAGGAGUGAGAAGAAAGCCAGGAAGGCCAUGUCCAAAUUGGGGUUGAGACAAGUUGCUGGUGUUACUAGAGUAACCAUUCGCAAGUCUAAGAACAUUCUCUUUGUCAUUACCAAACCAGAUGUCUACAAAAGUCCAGCUUCAGAUACUUACAUUGUCUUCGGUGAGGCCAAGAUUGAAGAUCUGUCACAGCAAGCUCAGUUAGCAGCUGCAGAGAAGUUCAAGGUUCAAGGAGAAGCCGUUUCAAACAUCCAGGAAAACACACAGACGCCCACAGUACAGGAGGAGAGCGAAGAGGAAGAGGUUGAUGAGAUUGGAGUGGAGGUCAAGGACAUCGAGCUGGUCAUGUCACAGGCCAAUGUAUCCAGGGCAAAGGCUGUGCGCGCACUGAAGAAUAACAAUAACGACAUUGUCAAUGCUAUUAUGGAAUUGACGAUGUAGUUGGAAAUCAGGGACUGGGUCACAUUAAGAUGUUGCUGAUUUGAUCUACACUAUUGUUUGUACAAUUUAUACCCAAGAGAAAUAAAGGCGUGGCUUGAUGAAAUGAUA